AUUCGUAAUUAAAAGUUAAAUAAGGGUUAACUUUACAGAGGCAGCCGUUAUUCAGUUUUCUUCUCUCUCCCAAGGAAUGCUGGCUCCGUUCCUCUCUUCCAUUUCCAAACCCUAAAGAGAGAGAGAAAAUUGCAGAACUUCGAGAGAGAGAAACCAAUAAAAAUUGAAUAUCACUUCAAAUAUUUGAGAGAAAAAUCAAUUAAUAAAUAAGAAAAGAGAGAAAAUUUCUCAUAUUUGCAAUGCAAAAUUGCUCCUUUUCCAAUUCAACUCUCAUUUUCUCUCCGAAUUUUAGCUUUUCCUUGAUUUCUACAUAAAGGAAAAGGAGAAGAAAAGGAAGAGAAAGCAAAAGAACCCAUCAGAUGAUUUCGAAUCCAGAUCUCAUCUUCUAUGCUUGCAUUGCAAGAGGAACCACGAUCCUUACGGAGUAUUUGUCCUCCAAGGAGCCGGGAAUCGAAGCCAUAGCCAAACAAUGCAUAGAGAAAACCCCUCCUCACCACUCUACCUUCUCUCAUACCAUUCGCAAUAAGACCUACACCUUCUCAAUCCAUGACCCUUUUGCCUAUUUCGUCAUUUUCGAUGAAGAGCUCCAGAAAUCUGAGUCUCUCUGGUUCUUAGACCGUGUAAAGAUCGCUUUCGAGGAGUUAAUUUCGUCCCAUCCCAUCAAAGAUUUUGAUAAUCUCGCUUUCCUUGGUUUUCAGGAUCAAUUCUAUCCUAUUUUUCGCGAUAUACUUUUGUUGGAUGUAGACCUGGUGGAUUCCUCAUUGGAGGUACCAAAGGAUAUUAGGAAUCCAAGUUUGGAUUCGAAAAUGGGGAAGACGGUAAUGAGACCCUUGCUUUGGAAGCCGACUAAAAUGAUGAUGAAGAAGAAGAAGAGACCAUUAGGUUGUGCUGGGGUUGGUGUUGCUAGUGAUGGAGGAGUGGAGGCAAAUGGGUUUAAGGCGAUGGAUAGUACGGUGAAUCAUAUGUGUGAUAAUGGAAAUGUUAUCGUGAACAGGGAGUUUUCAGUUUCGAUGACCCACAAGAGUGGUGGGUAUCAUUUGGGUGAUAACAAGCACAAGGCCAAGCAGAUUUGGAAGAAGCACGUUUUGGUGAUUUUGGCAUUGGAUUUGGUUAUUUGUGCUGUUUUGUUUGGGAUUUGGGUGUUGAUUUGCAGGGGUUUUAAAUGCAUUGAUGGUUGAACUGGAAUAUUUUGAUAUGUUAGUAAUAAUGUGGAUGUUUUACUUGUAAAUUGAUCUAUUUUGUGUAUCAGAUAUUAGAAAACAUGGUUUUUGGAGAGGAAUGUAAAUGGGUUGUAAGAAAAAUUAUUGUUCAUUGAUUAUAGAGUUCUGUUUUGCUUUUAUAAUA